AUUUUGUUCUGCUCCAGCACAGAAAGGGAUUUGGUUUAGCACAGCUUUUCAUUCGUGGAUUUGUUCACAGAAAAUUAACUUGUGGAAGGCUUUGUAUCCCCCUUUGUCCCUGCAAGAAAGAACGGGUGUGUGCUGUCUUAGUGACAUACUCUGGAGGGAUACAAGUAGAAGAUAAAGUGUGAGGCGAUAUGUCAUCACUGUUUAAUCGUUCCAAGGAUUUCACCCGAACGCGGAAAUCGCAGUCUGAUUCUCCACCCUCCUCUCCAUCACAGGCUACGAAGACGCUGCGUCAUGAAAGACUAUCAAGGUUGGACUCUGGAAGCUCUGGUCUCGGUUCUACAGAUUCAACAAGUGACCGAGCCAGUUCUAGAGUUAGUGCUUAUAGCCGCCGAGAGAACCGUUUGACAUCUCUUGAAAGCAAGAAUGGAGAGGAAACCGAGAAAGAUUUUAAAAAGCUCUAUGAGAAUGCUUACAGCGAAAAUGAAAAACUUAAGACCAACCUUCGAGAGGCCCAGCUUGAGCUUUCAGUUGUCAAGGCCAAACUGGAAAGAGUGGCAAAGAGACAAGAUCAGUCUUCAAGUCAAGCAGAGGUUUUAGAAGCAGAAAAGAGGGAGAAGAGAGUUUUGGAACGCAGAAUGUCUGAGAUGGAGGAUGAGCUUAAGAUACUCACUGACUUGAAAUCUGACAACCAACGUCUUAAAGAUGAAAAUGGAGCACUGAUCAGAGUGAUCAGCAAAUUAUCUAAGUGAUCACAUUUCAGAGAGCACUAAUGCAACCCUAUACUGACACUUGCACAUUAAUUGGAUCCAUUGUAGUAUUGUUCAGUUACACUGACAGAAGUUGGUAACAGACCUGAUUAAGUUAAGUGCAACUAUUGCACUGUUUCUUUGCUACAUAUAAAGUUGUGUAUAUAAGAAAAAUUAAAGGUGGAAUGAUUUCAUUAUUAUACUACAUAUAUGGAGCUGGUAUACAGCUGCAGUAUGUACAAAUUUACUGUUUUAUCUGCAACAUUUUUUGCCACCUCAUUAGAUUUUUUAGGGGAACUACACUUUAACUUUAUUUGUUAUAAAGUUAUUGAUGGACCCAUUUUGAAUAAUUUUACUAUAAGUCUUCAUUAUUUAUUUUGUAUUAUUUUUUAACUAUUAAGCUUCCUAUUCUGGCUUUUUCAAGCCUGCAGCUGAAAAUGGUUAUCAGUGUUGCUAAUUCCAACAACAGCAAAGACAAACUGACUGCAAGGCUUUAAUUAUAUUGGUUUGUUUUAAUCUGUCAUGCUGAUUUUAAGAAAAUGCUUCCUGGUUUCUAAGCCACUUAGUCCCCUGCCAACCAAUUAACAGUUUCAAUUCUAAGUGGUGAUAUUGAGACAAAAUUAAAGUGGAGAUAGAUUUGUCAGAUAUCCGUGUUAUUCACAAACCUCUAUCUCCACUUUUGUGAAUUUGUCUUUUAAACAGUUUUCAGAUUUUGCCUUUCAGAUGUCAUUUUUCUGACAGUUUUCUAUGAAUCUGUCUUUAGCUCUUAUUAAAUCUAUCAGUGUGCCAUCAAACUCAAUCCCACAUCUACAUGAGCCUUGAAAAAAUAAUUUUACCAGCAGGAUUUUGCAUUUCACAUUAGAGUCAUUUCCUGAAUGGUAAUUUUCGUUUGCCUAGGAAAACUAUUCAUCAUUGUUUUCAGGACAGGCUGGGAUUUCUAAUGUUUUCUAUAUUUCUGUGUAAUUCCACUUCUGUAACAAGAUUUAUGGGUCUAAAUACCUUCAUGGCAAAAAAGUGAAUCAAGGGCCCACCUCCUGCUCUAGUUUACCACUGCACUACACCUCUACAGCCACCUGGCCCACCCACCAACAUGCCUGGUGAAAAGGGGCCCAACAGGAACAGGGUCCACCAGGUUUUUAUCCAGUGCCCUGUUGGCGGCCAGUUUAACCUUGUACCCUAAUAUCCCAGUUUGUGUGUCAGGUGCAUGUGCUGUUUGCCGAUCACCAAGUUGCCUACUAGAAACAGAAGAAACACAGCUAAAGGUGGUGGUCAAUGCUUUCAAGCAGCUCUGUAGUUCUGGACAUGCUAUGGGGGCACAUAUAAGUUGUGGCAAGUCUCAGUAAAGUAAUUAAAGAGGUGGUUCACCUUUGAGUUAACUUUUAGUAUUAUAUAGAGCAUGAUAUAUGAAAUUGGUCUUUUUUUAUUAUUUGUGCUUUUUCAAUCAUUUUACUUUUUGUUCAGCAACUCUCCUGGUAUAAAUUACCUUAGCAACCAGGGAGUUGCUAGGGUAAAGUUGCAAUGAGAGACUGGUAUAUGAAUAGCAGAGGUCUGGAUAGAAAGAUAAGUAAUAAAAAGUAACAAUAAAACUGUAGCCUCACAGAGCAAUAUUUUUGUGGCUGCUGGGGUCAGUGACCCCCAUAUAAAGGUUGGAAAUAGUCAGAGGAAGAAGGUAAAUAAAAAAAGUUGCUAAGAACUGGCAUAUCUAUAACAUACUAAAAAAUUAGCUUAAAGGUGAACCGCCCCUUUAAAGAGGGGGCACUGCUGCCAAAGCUAAAAAUGUGCCUGUGAGUUUUUCCUUUAAAUAAAAAUGUAUACAAUAUAUUCACUCAAAAUAUUAUUACUGUCUCAUUCAUUAAGCUAAAACUAGCAUACCAAAGCAAAUGUGAGGUAAAAGUGUGUUAUAUAAAAGAUUUAUAAAUUACACUUUUUUUUUUAAAUCAGUGUUUUACUUGUUCCUAGAUGUGUUAAUGAGGCUUUCUGCACCUAUUGUUCUAGGAUUAGACACAGUUACAUAGAGCUUUACUACAUUUAGAAAAUGUCGGGAAAAAAGUUUUCAAAAAUUUGUUAAAAUGUCGUUUAAAAGACAAAUUCAGAAAAGUGUCUAAAAAAAACUAAUUACUUGAAGGUGAACAAUACAUUUAUAUAUGUACUGUAGGUAUAAACAUCCUCAAAUUAGUUUUUAUUCAUAAACAUGAGACACCGCUGAGCUAUUUUUACUUUCAUCAUAGGAUGAAAUUACAUUUAUUCCACCUAAAAUACACAUUUAUAUAAGAUAGUCAUAUAUUUUCCCUUACUAUUUCACAGCACCGAAGGCUGUUAUUUUGCAGUCAAUAAAUACUGAUGCCAGUUCAGUUGAGAAUCGGUGCUGCCUCUUUGCACAAUCAUAUUUUGUUUUUAAAUGAUUCUUGAGAUGUACUGUAUAUCUAACAAAGCAAUUUUGUUUCAGUGCUUUGAAAUAAAAAAUAUCACAUAACA